GUCCAUUCUCUCGUUUGCAAACCUGCAUCUUUCUCUUUCACACACGCCUCUCUCUCUCGCUCGCUCUCGGCGUUCAUCUCCUCCUCUUCGUCGAGCCUGUGGCGGCGUCGUGCGGGAGGAAAAGGAGGGAGCUUUGAAGAUCAGCAGGGCGGAGGAGAUGUCUGAGGUGUCGGUUGUAAACCAGCCGGAGGUGGAGGAGACGGCGGCGGUGCUGGACCUGCCACCGGGGUUCAGGUUCCACCCCACCGACGAGGAGAUCGUCUCGCACUACCUCACCCCCAAGGCCCUCGACCACCGCUUCUCCUCCGGCGUCAUCGGCGAGGUCGACCUCAACAAGUGCGAGCCCUGGUUCCUCCCAGGCAUGGCGAAGAUGGGGGAGAAAGAGUGGUACUUCUUCUGCCACAAGGACCGGAAGUACCCGACGGGAACGAGGACGAACCGGGCGACGGAGAGUGGGUACUGGAAGGCGACCGGCAAGGACAAGGAGAUCUUCCGCGGGAGGGGCAUCCUCGUCGGCAUGAAGAAGACGCUCGUCUUCUACCUCGGUCGCGCGCCCCGUGGAGAGAAGACCGGCUGGGUUAUGCACGAAUUUCGCCUUGAGGGCAAGCUUCCCAACCAGCUCCCGCGCUCCGCCAAGGAUCAGUGGGCGGUGUGCAAGGUGUUCAACAAGGAGCUGGCGCUGGCGGCGAAAAAUGGGCCAAUGGCGGUAACUGUAACGACUACCGACGACGAGGAGAUCGAGCCCGACUUCCUCAGCGAGUUCAUCGACCCCGAGCUGCCGCCGCUGACGGACCCUUCCUUCGUUGCCGACGUCGACGGGGCGGACGACACCAAGGGCGGGACUACAUCCACCUCCGGGAAGGCCGCAGUCGCCGCCUACCAUGCCACGCUGGGCGGGAGCUACCAGCAGGUAAAGGUCGAAGAAACCCUGCCGCUGCCGUACCUGCACCAGCCGCAGCGGGCGCUGUACUCGGGUCAGUACUUCUCGCUCCCGGCGGUGCACCCCGGUCACCUGACGCCGUCGGCGAUCCGGAAGUACUGCAAGGCGGAGCAGGUCUCGGGGCAGACGUCGGCGCUCAGCGUCUCACGCGACACCGGGCUCAGCACCGACCCCAACGCCGCCGGCUGCGCGGAGAUCUCGUCGGCGGUGUCCCAGCCGUUCCCGGAGUUCGACGACCCAAUUCUGAGCAUCGACGAGUUCUGGAACUAUAUCCACGCCUAAUGAUCCGGAGCUAGCUGCCUGCCGGUCUUUCGCUACAGGAUUUUGCUUCGGGCUGGUUGAUUAAUUACUUGAUUUGAUUAAUUAACUUGGUGUUUCGUGCUUGGGUAAAUUAGUGGCGGUUUGUUGAUGCAUCCUCCUCUUCUCUCCGAAGGCUUCUCGGGAUGGGUUCGGAUGAUCAGCUUAUUAAUCAUCCAUCCAGACCUCCAGGGAUUAGCUAGGACUCCCCCCUUGUUAAUUAAUCCUGGCUAGCUAGGUUUCAUGUCUUGAUCUGAUGUAAAUACUACUAAGUACUGGUAUCCUGAUUGUGUCUAGUAGCAUGAUGAUUGAUUAUACAAUCGAUGGGGUGUAGAUUAGGGGUGGAUUUAUUUACGAAUUGAUUAAUUUGGCAUUUGAUGAGCCAGCUAGCGCUAGCUUUAUAAAGCUUAUAGUUAUGUACAUGUACCAUUAGUUGCUUGAGCUAGACAUCUCAUUAUAUGUGAAUUGAUGCUUCGGUUUAGCCU